ACUUCCGCCCCCGCGGCAAGGCGGGGAGGUCGGAGAAGUGGAGAGGUGGUGAUCCUGGGGAGGUGGCGGCUCGGAGUCUAGGCGACUGGGCAAGACGGGGCCGGUAGGUGGCGGGAGGGGGCCGGGCCGGAGCUGGCGGGAAGGCCAGGCCCGGAGGCCCCCACCCUGGCGUGCCCGCCCCGGCCGCGGCUGAGGAGGAGGAGGAGGAGGAGGAUGAUCUCCAGAUACAGUAGGAAGACGGUGCCACAGAGCUUGGAGCUGAAAGGAAUAACAAAACAUGCUCUUAACCCUCGUCCCCCUCCUGAGAAACUGGAGGACGUUUCCCCCACCAGUGACAGUCAUGAGAAAGACACAAGUUCCCAAAGCAAGUCUGACAUCACAAGAGAAUCAUCUUUUACAUCAGCCGACACUGGGAAUUCACUGUCUGCUUUUCCAAGUUAUUCAGGCGCAGGGAUAUCUACUGAAGGAAGCUCGGACUUCUCCUGGGGAUAUGGUGAACUCGAUCAAAAUGCCACUGAAAAAGUCCAGGCAAUGUUCACGGCCAUUGAUGAACUCUUGUAUGAGCAGAAGUUGAGUGUGCAUACCAAGAGUCUACAAGAAGAGUGCCAGCAGUGGACAGCCAGCUUUCCUCACCUCAGGAUUCUAGGUAGGCAGAUAAUCACUCCAAGUGAAGGUUAUAGACUGUAUCCUAGAUCCCCUUCUGCUGUUUCCGCUUCAUGUGAAACAACCUUGUCUCAAGAAAGAGAUUCUACUAUAUUUGGUAUAAGGGGAAAGAAGUUACAUUUUUCAUCUUCUUAUGCUCAUAAAGCAUCUUCCAUUGCCAAAUCCUCCAGCUUUUGUUCUAUGGAAAGAGACGAGGAAGACUCUAUAAUCUUCUCGGAAGGAGUAAUUGAGGAAUACCUAGCAUUCGAUCACACAGAUAUGAAAGAGGGAUUUCAUGGGAAGAAAUCAGAAGCAGCUACAGAGAAACCAAAAUUAGGGUAUCCUCCCAUUGCUCCAUUUUACUGCAUGAAAGAAGAUGUCCUUGCUUAUGUGUUUGACAAUGUAUGGAGCAAGGUUGUGAGCUGUAUGGAGGAGUUGACACGUAGUCACUGGGAAGGAUUUGCCUCUGAUGAUGAGAGUGAUGUUGCAAUUACCAGACCCAAUUCAGAAAGUUCACGUGUGCUGAGUGAACCACAUCCUUUGGUGUUACCACGAGUGCCACAGUCUAAGGUGCUGUCCAUUACCUCAAAUCCGAUGAGUCUCUGUCAAGCAAGCAGUCACCAGCCAAAUGUGAAUGGUCUCUUGGUUCAUGGGAUGCCUCUACAGCCAAGAAAUCUCUCCCUAAUGGACAAGCUCCUAGAUCUUGAUGACAAGCUACUUAUGAGGCCUGGGUCCAGUACCAUCCUUUCAACUCGAAAUUGGCCAAAUCGAGCUGUGGAGUUUAGUACAUCGUCUCUGUCAUACACAGUGCAGUCCACCAGGAGACGCAAUCCACCGCCACGAACCCUUCAUCCCAUCAGCACGAGCCAUUCACGUGCUGGAACACCAAGACCUGUGGAAGAAAUCCUCAGAGGAGCCCGAGUCCCAGUGGCAGCCGACUCGCUCUCCUCUCCCUCACCAAUGCCCCUGAGUCGAAAUAAUCUGCUACCACCUAUUGGCACAGCUGAAGUGGAACAUGUGAGCACUGUGGGGCCACAAAGACAGACGAGACCCCAUGGCGACUCUACUCGAGCUCAAAGUGCGGUGGUGGAUGAACCUAACUAUCAGCAGCCACAAGAAAGGCUCCUUUUGCCUGACUUUUUCUCCAGGCCCAACACAACUCAAUCAUUUUUGCUGGAUACACAGUAUCGUCGCUCAUGUGCAGUUGAGUAUCCGCAUCAGGCCAGACCUGGCAGGGGAUCUGCAGGUCCUCAGUUACAUGGGGCUACAAAAUCUCAAAGCAGAGGCGGACCAGUCUCUCGAACCAGGCAGGGACCAUAAGGCAAAUGAGAAGAAUCUGUCAGGCUGCAGGAAACACGAGAUUUCAUGAAGCCGUAUUCAGUCAUCAAGUGAUGUAGAGCUUGUAUAGAAGAUCGACUAGAAACCAUCUUCAUGAAGGGUGAUUUUGGCACAAGUGACUGAAGAACAAAACAGCACAGCCGCCAAAAAUGACAUGAAUGUUUUUUCUAUCUCCAGUUACUGUCUCUUUCAGCAGAAAUUAACCUAUUCCAUUGGAAAGAAAAGUUUGUACCCAAAGAUGCAACAAUGAAUAAUAGCCAAAUCACUGCUCAUGUUGUCUCUUUAACAAUGAUCAGUUCAAUCAUAUAGGAUUUGAUGAGCUCACACAUACAUAAAAAGCAGCAAAUGAUCAGUGACAAUAUCACUGGCUUCAGAAUACUUCAGUUUGUGUUCAUUUCUGGAGAGCUAUACUCAGUUUCAAGUCAUUUUGCUGUCAAAAAUCUGACCUCAUCCAAUAGACAUCAUUCCUAAAACUCUCUUUAGAUGUCCUACCCUAUCAACAGAUUAAAAUGGAAGGGGUGUGUAACUAAAGACAUAAAUGUUAAGCAUUAAAGUAACUUCUGUAAUAAAGUAUAUUGCAUAUUUUUUUAGAUAGGACAGUUCAACCUUAUGAUGCCUACCUGAUGCCGGGUUAUGCUUAUUUUCUUCCUAAAGUAGGUUACUGGUCAUAUCUUUUUUCCAAAUAUUAAAUGCACCUUGCCAGAUAUUCUCCUGCAAUUCUAAGGAAAGGAAGUCAAAAAAUAAUUCGUAGAAUCUGCUAUUGGGCCAAAGUAUAAUUCCCUAAAAGUUUAAGAAACCCUGGCAAUUAAUUCAGCAUAAACAUAUCCUAUAAACAGCAGGAGAGGUACAGCUUUCUGACUUUACUGUGGACCUUUUCCUAAGGGCAUUCAUGAAUGCAGCAACAGUUUUAACUAUGGCUUAAAUUUAUUUUAAAUUUCACUAAAUACAAAUCUUGAUUAUCAUGCCAGUUUUAGAUCUUAUUAAUUUUCAGAAUGGAUAAAUUCAAUAAUCAUAAAUUACAGUAACUUUUUUUUAUACCAAGGUGUUCUAAUGCCAUCAUAUGAAGACAGAUGCCUCAAACAACCUGCAUUAAAUUAUAUUUUUAAUACAAUUAAAAACUAUUUUUAACUUAUUUGUAGUCACAAACUGAAAAUGUGUCGUCUUUACCUUAGAGCUAAAGGCUUAUUUUAUGCAUAUGGCAUAUUUAAUAGUCUAUAAAUCAAACAUUUAAACAGUUCCUUAAAAAGUUCCAUAUAUUCUCAUACCAACUCAUCUACAUAGAAAUGAAAAUCCCUGUAUUGUUCUCACAAACCAUUACCCAAGUUCACUAACAAUUAGAUCAAUAUGGCUCGCCUUUCAAAGUUAAAGAGUCAGAAAGGGGCCUCUAAGAAGUCAUUUAGCCCAAUUCCCUCACCCUGUUUUCCCUUAAAGCCGGUGCAAUUAUUUUUAAACCAAAAAACUGGACAUAUUUAAUACAUACAGUUUGACAAGUUUGUAUUUCACUCUGUUUUGAUGUAAUAACUUUUAUAAAAGGAGACAGAUUCAGACAAGCUCAGUGAAAGACAUUCAGCAAUUAGUGGCAGGACUACAACACACAUCUCUCUAUGCUAGGGAAACCAGGCCCUCUAUUAUAAAGCUGACAGGGGCUAUUGCUUUCCACUUUUCUCUCAUCCUAAACACCAUUCAUAUUUCUUCUAGGUCACAUUUUACUGGGAUCAUUUACAAAGCCCCCAGAACUUAAUCAUCGUGUUUUACUUUUUUUAUUUAAAUAUAUACAACUCUUACAAAAAUGCUUGAAGUAAUUUAACACCCGUACAUCAGUACAAAACCUGGUUGAGUAAAAUGAAGAGAGGGUCUAUUCAAGAUCAUUAAGACCAAAUGUAAACUGGGAAGUAUGUGGAAGACAGCUGUCCAGCAAGUGUUUGGAAGGUGUUCUAGCUGGGUAGAGAGCCUAAUCUAACAGACACGCACACUGCAGAAAACAGCAUGAACAGAACCACAUCUUAGAUAAGAGUUCUGUGUACCGAAGAUCUAUGGAGACAAGUGCUGCCAGGAAGGACACUACCUCCCUCCGCCUUCCCAACUGUCACCACCAAGUUCCUUCUGGUAAGACCUCACACAAUGUCAAGUGCUUUCUAGGAAAUACUAAGAUGGUUGGUCUAGUCAAUCUGAAAAAUUCAGGCUGGAAAGACACCUUUUCUCAAGAGUUGACUUUUGCCUUCAAAUCUUGCCUGCACCUUGCCUACGAUGGCAUCAAUUUACACCUAAGGACCUUUGAAGAGAAAAAUUCCAUUAUUUCUUUUCUUUCUUGAGAGAUUUUUUCCCUCCUCCUUUGGAAGAUUUGCAGUACUUUGCUUCCAUCUGAGCCAGAAAAUUGUCCAUUUCCUUUUGCCGAUCCUUUUGUCUGCUCUGUUUAAGAAGUUAAAACACAAGCUUUCACAACAUUAUCCAUAGACAGAAAGUACUUAGUGGUUGCCAGGGGCUGGAAAAGUGGAGUAACUACUAAUGGGUAGGAGUUUUUUUGGAAUGGUGAAAAUGUCCUACAAUUGGUGUUAAUAAUUGUAAAACUUUGUAAAUACAUUAAAAACCACCAAACUGUACACUUUAAAAGGACAAACAGAUGGUAUGCGACUUAUGUCUUAAAAGAAGAAAACAAAAUAAAACAUUCCAAAGAAAAUAUUAGCAAUAGGAAUCAGAUCAUUAAAGAUGUGGCAACAAGCUACCAAGUUUACCUGAAUGGCUGCCUUCAGGCUAUCCACGCCUUCAUCAAGCCCCAACUCCUUUCUGCUCAUUUCUGCUUCUUUCGCCUCUUCCUGAGCCUGAAACAGAAACUCACAUGAGACUCAGGGCCACCAGAAAAUGCUUAAAAUACAUUCUCUUUCCCAAAAACAAAUCUAUAAUACUGUUUCAAUUUGAGGAUUAUAUGAAUAGACAAAAUGAACAGAAUUACAUAACUAUGUCAUUCAUUAAAAGGCAACAAUGCUGAUAGCAAGCAUAGAUCCUCUGAUUCCAAUUACCAUUUGUUUUUUCCCCAAUUCUACUUACUAGAGGUAGUAAGUACUUUGGCACUCAUAAAUCACAUGGUGAUAAUAGGGAACAUGAGGCCAGAUAUGGUGGCUCACACCUGUAAUCCCCAUACCUUGGGAGGCCAAGGUGGGAGGAUUACUGGAACUCAGGUGUUUGAGACCCGCCUGGGUAACACAGCGAGACCUCAUCUCCACAAAAAAUAAAAGAAAUGAGCCUGGUGUGGUGGUAUGUGCUUGUAGUCCCAGCUACUAGGGAGGCCAAGGUGGGAAGAUGGCUUCAGCCUGGGAGUUCGAGGCUGCACUGAGCUGUGAUCAUGCCUCUGCACUCCAGCCUGGAUGAUGGAAUGAGAUGCCAUCUCUUAGAAAAAAGAAGAAAAAAAGAAAGAAAAUGAUGCAAUUGCCAGGAUACAGGUACUUCCGAUUCCUCCCCCGGAAACCCAAUUUACUACAUGGGACUGGUGGCGCCUUGUGAACAACCCCAGUUUAAAAUGACUUCUGAUUAGUCAGAAGAAACAACAUCAAUAAACUCAGUUUUAACAUUCA